UUAAUUAGUUGGAAGCAUUGGCAACAAAGCGAAGACCUGAAGCAAAGAAAAAUGGCGUGGACUCUUCUGCUCUCUCCUCAGCCUCUGACUCUUCCUAAAUUCUCAGUCUCCACAAAAAAAGUAGUGAUCAGCAGCCAAAGAGCGGCAAGAUUCAUCACCAGAGCAAGUGCUACAGAAAAGAACAACGAAAAAAGCAAAGGCGACAAAGGUUUCACUCCGUUUGGUUUCGUCACCGAUAAUCCUUCCAGCCGCAGCGCCAUUCAACUCCCCGAAACUCCCGCCGAGGAUGGCAAUGUCGGCCAAAUGCUUUAUAGGAUAGAAGACAAGGGAAAGGAGUAUGGCUCAUACAUUAAAUCUGGAAAGCUUAGAUGGUUUGUUAGAGAAACUGGGUCGCCUCAAAGCCGACGUGGGACAGUUGUCUUCCUACAUGGGGCUCCAACACAGUCUUAUAGCUAUCGAGUUGUAAUGUCUCAGAUGUCAGAUGCUGGUUUCCACUGCUUCGCCCCUGAUUGGAUAGGAUUUGGUUUCAGUGACAAACCACAGCCUGGAUAUGGCUUUGAUUACACAGAGAAGGAGUUUCAUGAGGAACUUGAUAAGUUACUGGAUGUCCUGGGGGUCCAGUCUCCUUUCUUUCUGGUGGUUCAGGGGUUUCUUGUAGGUUCAUAUGGAUUGACAUGGGCAUUGAAAAAUCCAAGCAAGAUAUCGAAACUAGCAAUUUUGAAUACUCCAUUAACAGUUUCAUCUCCUAUUCCUGGACUAUUCCAAAAGCUAAGAAUACCAUUUUAUGGAGAAUUUACUUCUCAGAAUGCAGUCAUGGCUGAACGCUUUAUUGAAGGAGGUAGCCCAUAUGUGCUGAAGCUGGAAAAGGCUGAUGUCUAUCGGUUACCGUAUUUGGCUAGCAGUGGACCCGGUUUUGCAUUACUUGAAGCUGCAAGAAAAAUUAAUUUCAGAGACAUCUCAAGUCAAAUAGCUGAUGGAUUUGCAUCUGGAAGAUGGGAUAAACCAGUUUUGAUUGCUUGGGGUAUAGCAGACAAGUAUCUGCCUCAAUCUGUUGCAGAAGAAUUUCAGAAAGGAAACCCGAACUUGGUUAAGCUUAAUUUGAUUGAAGGUGCUGGCCAUAUGCCACAGGAGGACUGGCCUGAGAAAGUUGUUGAUGCUUUGAGAGUAUUCUUCUAAUUCCUGAAUCAAUUUAUUGUCAAGUUUGGCUGCAUACCAAUGUUAAUAUGCAAUUGCCUUUCCUCUUGUUUGAAGAUUUCCUGCAGGUUUUUCCCAGAAUAUAGACGCAGCAAUGUAAUUUUCGAACAAAUGCCCACCCAAUUGGCAUAAACUGAAACUAUUGUAUAGAUUCGAGUUCGGAUGUUGUAUUUUUAUAUGUGAACAUUCUUGCAGAGGUGUCAUAUGUAAAAGUAAAACGUCAUGUUAAUGGCUGAGAAUGUAAAGAGCUAUUGAUGAAUAUCUUUUCCUUUCCUCAGGUGCUUACACUACAUAUUAGUCCCUACUCUGAAGAAACUUAGGCAUAAUUAUUUUUCAUUCUUAUAAAAUCAUAGAUGC